AUGGCUAAGAAGAGACACGCUAGAAAACCAAGAUCUGGUAUUAGAAAUUGGUCAGAAAUUGUAAAAGAGAAUAAAAUAUGGGAAGAUUAUUAUAAAUCUUUGAAUUUGUUUCCAAUUGAAGAAUGGGAUGAAUUUAAGAAAUCUUGUCAAGAACUGUUGCCGUUAACAUUUAGAAUUAAUGAAUCAUUCUCUACAAAAUAUUCUAAUGAAAUUUUAAAUCUGUUUGAGAAAGAUCAUUUAAAAUAUUUAACAAAUGUUGAAUUUGAAGGUACUAAAAUUGAAACACCCACCAAUUUGAAAUGGUAUCCAAGAUCAAUGGCAUGGCAAAUCGAUGUUCCAAAGAAAGUAAUGAGGAAAAAUGAAAUGUUUAAAAAAACUCAAAGAUUCUUAGUAUUAGAGACUAAUGCAGGUAAUAUUUCAAGACAAGAAGCCGUAUCCAUGGUUCCACCUCUAUUGAUGGAUAUAAAAUCUCAUCAUAAAAUCUUAGAUAUGUGUGCAGCUCCAGGUUCAAAGACUGCUCAAUUAAUUGAAGCAUUACACAUAGAUUGUGAAAAUAAUAAUGAUGUGCCUACGGGUUUUAUUAUUGCAAACGAUUCCGAUACUAGAAGGUCUCAUAUGCUUGUACAUCAAUUGAAAAGAUUAAAAAGUGCGAAUUAUUUAAUUUUGAAUCAUGACGCUCAAUUCUUCCCAAGGAUUAAAAUCAAUAAUUCAUAUAAUAAACACGAUAAUAUAUUGAAAUUCGAUAGAAUAUUAUGUGAUGUUCCUUGUUCUGGAGAUGGUACGUUAAGGAAGAAUAUUAAUAUUUGGAUGGAUUGGAAACAUCAAAAUGGGUUAGGUUUACAUGCUGUACAAUGUAAUAUACUUAACAGAGGUAUUGAAUUAUUAGAAAAUGGCGGGAGAUUAGUAUACUCUACAUGUUCUUUAAAUCCAAUCGAAGAUGAAGCUGUAGUGGCACAAGCAUUAAGGAAAUGGGGUAAUGACACUAUAAAGUUAAUUGAUUGUUCUAAUAAAUUAUCGGAUUUGAAAAGAUGCUCGGGUGUAUCAUAUUGGCCCGUGAUCGAUAAGAAUUUGGAACAGAAGACGAAAGGUGAUGAAAAUACAAUUGAUAGUUGGUUCCCACCUAACGAUGAAGAAAAGAUAUCUUUUAAUUUAGAUAGAUGUAUUAGAAUUCUUCCACAUCAACAAAAUACUGGUGGAUUUUUCGUUGCAGUUUUUGAAAAGAAGACUAAGACGCAAGAAAUUGUACAUACUUUGAAAUCAACCCAUAUAUCGUCAAUUAAAACGAACAAUCAACCAGUGGAUAAAUCAAAGAAGGAAUCGUUACCCUUAGAUGCAAUCGAUGAACCAUUUAAUUUUAUCGAUACUUCUAUUGCACCAUUAAGGGAAUGUUGGAAAUUCUUUGGAUUUAAUGAAUCCUUUAAUAAAAAUAAUUGUCUAGUGAGAAGUAAUGCAAUUGAUAUUCCGAAAGUAAUUUAUUCUGUGAAUCAACAAUUGAGAAAUAUUAUAGAACUGAAUCGCGAAAAGUUGAAAAUGAUUUAUUCUGGUGUGAAAUUGUUUGUUUAUCAAAGAGAUGACAUCGAAUGCGCAUUUAGAAUCCAUAGUGAAGCAAUUCCAUCAAUAAAACAUUACGUCAACCACAAUAGGAUUGUUGAUGUCGAUUUAGAUUUCUUAAAGUUAUUAUUAAUUGAACCAUUCCCAACAUUUGAAACAUUGUUAGCAAACAAUAUAGAUCAAAAAAUGAUUGACCAAAUCGAAAAAUUCGUUACAGGUUGUGCUAUGGUGUGCAUAUCGAGAGAUUCUGAAAAUAAGGAAUCCAUUUUACUCCCAAUUUGGAAAGGUAUCAAAUCUAUUAACAUUAUGGUCUCAAAGGAAGAUGCACAUGAAUUACUUUAUAGAGUAUUUGGUAUCGAAACCCAGGCAAAAGAUAAUCCGAAAGCUAGAAAAUCAUUAACAGAGACUGUAGAGCCAUAA